UGGAGCUAUAAGAGCAGCUGACACCAAACGCCUUCGCAAAUCUCCCGUCGGACCAAUGUCCCGAGGCGAUUUUUCUGGCAGCUGUGGAAUCGCAACGCCGUUAGCAGUAAGCCGAACACGCGCCUACUGGAUCCUGAGUGCAGACAAGUGCCUUAGCACCCUUCAACGACGGACGACAUGACGCGCAUCACAAGGAUGACGUCGUCGCCAAAUCCACCGCCGUCCUCGCAACAGGCAACAACCACAGCAUCCUCUUCCUUCUCCACCAUCUCACGUCCUCUACGGCCUGCCUCGCCCGCAGGAAGCUUGUACGCCAUGAGCGACGACGAAGAAGGCGACUACGACACUAUCACCCACACCGAAACCGGGCGCGGCGUCAAGCUGCUCUUCUCCAAAUCCAAAGUUUACGUCCACCCGACCCCCUCCGCGCGCGACAACAUCCCGGGCUACGUCGCUCUGCUGCAACAAAAACACCCCUCCUCCUUAGCGGACGGGCGCCCGACCUCUUCGUCGUCAUCCCACUCCCGCCCGGCAUCGUCCGACCUGCUCCUUGCCUGGAUCCCCGAAUCGCAACUCGGCUCCGCCGCAUCCGUCUAUGUCAAAGUCGACCUGUGCGACACCGACUCCCCUCCCAAGCAGUCCUACCUCGUGCCGCCGCCGCCCACCGUCACCACCCACCCGGACUCGGCUUCGGCCGGCCACUACGCCUUUGCCGUCCCCGUCAGCGCCGUCUUCUCGCUGCUGGUGCGCCCGCCGAGCGUCGGCUGGUGGUAUGGCAGCGUCAUCAUCAACUCGCGCGCCGGCGACAGCUUCCCCCCGCUGUUCUUCCAUGACGAUGAGUGCCAGAGCACCAUCCUUCAGAAGCGGCGGCGGGCGAGGGAUCGGUUUGAUCCGUUCGGGGACAACGGCGAGAUGUUCUGGGGCGGGGAUGAGGUGCUGCGGUGGUUGAAGCGGUAUGUGACAGUCGAGAGGAGCGUGGCGGAGCCGAAUGUGUAUUUGGUGGAGCCCAGCGAGGAGGAUAGUUUGGCGUUUGGGGCGAAGGGGUCGAAUGUGAGGACAGUGGUUGGGAGGGAUGCCGUGACAGGGCCUUCGAGGGGCGCUGCGGGUUCCGGGAAUCGAGACGGUGGCAUGGACCCGUUCAUGAAGUUUGUCAAGGAGACGGGGUGGAACAUUAUGGAGAAGUUCAGCAAGGUGACGACAUUUACGCGGCAGGCUGCGCAGGAAGUACUGGAUAAUCCCCGCGUGCCGCCGCAGGUCCGGCGGCUGCUGCAGAACCCUGAGGUGCAGACACUGCAGGGUGAGUUUGACAGCGCGCGGAUCUACCUGGCGAGGUGGGCUAUGGGCAUCGCCGAGCAAAGCGAGCGGGACCGCAACCAGAGGAUAUGGACAGCGCGAGAGGUCAUGGAGCUGGAGGACACGGAUGUGGGAGAGUUCGAGCUCCUCGACAGCACAAGCAGCUUGACGCUGGAGCAGAUGCGGAAGCCGGUCACGCUCAAGGAGUGGAAGACCUUCUUUGACCCACGGACGGGGCGGUUGUCUGUGACGGUGGACGAAGUCAAAGAGCGGGUAUUCCACGGCGGGCUCGACCCUGAGGACGGUGUACGGAAGGAGGCAUGGUUGUUUCUCCUCGGCGUGCACGAGUGGUACAGCACGGCGGACGAGCGGCGAGCCCAGGCUGCCUCUCUCAGAGACGCCUACAUUAAACUGAAGGGCGCCUGGUGGGAGCGCCAAAUCGACCACGGCGGAGAAGGUGAGGAAGGAGAGUGGUGGCGAGAGCAGCGUGGGCGGAUAGAAAAGGACGUCCACCGGACCGACCGUAACGUCCCCAUCUUCGCAGGCGAGGACAUUCCGCACCCCGACCCGGACUCCCCCUUCGCCACCACCGGCACCAACGUGCACAUGGAGCAGAUGAAGGACAUGCUGCUGACCUACAACGAAUACAACCGCGACCUGGGCUACGUUCAGGGCAUGUCCGACUUGCUCGCGCCCAUCUACGCGGUCCUGCAGGACGACGCCAUGGCGUUCUGGGCCUUCAAGUGCUUUAUGGACCGCAUGGAGCGCAACUUCCUCCGCGACCAGUCCGGCAUGCGCUCGCAGCUGCGGGCGCUCGACCACCUGGUGCAGUUCAUGGAUCCGAAGCUGUACGCGCACCUCGAGCUGGCCGACAGCACCAACUUCUUCUUCUUCUUCCGCAUGCUGCUGGUGUGGUACAAGCGCGAGUUCGAGUGGCUCGACGUGCUGCACCUGUGGGAGGUGCUCUGGACGGAUUACUUGAGCAGCAGCUUCCACCUGUUCGUCGCGCUGGCCAUCCUGGAGAGGCACCGGGACGUGAUCAUGACGCAUCUGAAACAUUUUGACGAGGUCUUGAAAUACGUGAAUGAACUCUCCUGCACAAUCGACCUAGACGCGACCCUUAUCCGCGCCGAGGCCCUCUUCAAGCGCUUCCAGCGCCUCGUUGACGCCGUCGACAAGAAGGGCAAUUUUCCGGCGCCGAGGCCGCGGCUCGGCCAGAGCCAAGGCUCUCCUUCCGGGUCGAGUUCCAAGGCGCCGACCUCGCCGACCUCGCCGAAGACCGGUGGAGAUACCGGCAAGGCGCCUGCGCAACAGCAGGAGCAACAAAAGCAGCAGACAGAGAGGGUGAUUACCCCUGAGCUAAGGCGCUUGCUGAGUCGGCAGGUGGAGGUGUUGCCUCGGAAGGAGGUCGCGAAUAAGGGCGACGGGUUUGCUGGGGCUCGGGGGAAGUAAAAAAAAAAUACCUUUCAUUUGGCUUGCUGGGUUUUUUUCU